AUGUAAAAAAUUGAUCAACAUCCAAAACUCAACUUUGAUUUAGACUUAGAACUCAGAGCUGUAUAAAAUGAAGAUUUUGAAUAAGAAUAUUUAGAUCAUUGUCUAAGAGAUACCCGAAGAUAAUUAUCAAUGAAUAAUAAUCAUCAUUUUCACAGUUAAACAAAAAGUGAAAAAAGCAACGAUGGUUAUGAUUUUCGAACACCGAAAGUAACUACACAUACAAAUCUAAAUAAUAUUGUUGCAUCUGAAGUUUAAUAAAGUAAUACGAUUAGUCCUAAAUACAUAAAUUAGGAAAAGGCAAAAAGCACAGGCUCAAGUAUAAUGCAAUUCUUUUUUAUAAGACGUUUUUUAGAAAAACUUAUGUAUCAAAGAAAAAGAUUAGAGAAUUUAAAUAUGACUCAUUUAAAUCUUAUAGAUGAUAAAGCUUCAGAUAAGUAAUGAUAUUUUAAUAAUUCUGUAGAGCUAGUUUGUUAGCUUACAAAUAAACAAAAAUAUAAAAGGGAUUAACAAUCAAUUAACUAAAUAAAAUAGUGCAAACUAAAAUAGAAAUUAAAGAAAGAAGAUGGGAAAGCUUAAAGAAAACAUUAAUAGAGAGUAAAUAAAAAAUAAUAAGAUAAAUAACUAAUGUGGUAAGUAAAAUUCCUAUUAUUCAACCUGAAAAUGAUUUCAAACUUUAUUGGGAUAUUUUUGCAUCAUUAUUCAGAGUGAUACUUGUAAUUUUGGUGCCUUUAGAAAUCUCUUUUGAAACUAAAAUUCUAUUUCAGAAUUAUAUAGGAGUUACUUUGACAAUUCUUAUUAUUUUACAAUUGGAUUUAUUUAUAAGGAUCAAUACACUUUGUUAUUAAAAUGGUAAAGCAAUAACAGAUCGUUGGGAGAUUAUAAUUCGUUAAAUAAGUUAAUCUUGGUUUACAGAUUUUUCUUUAUUAAUAAUAUUAGUUAUAUUUAUGACAAAUUCUAAUGCUUAAGAUGGUUAUGAUUUAUUUUUACUGUUUUUAUUAACUCAAUAUAAACACAUUUUUGAAGCUUUAUCAAAAACAGAUUAGAUUUCAUAUUUUACAAGACCUUAAAGAGGUAUAAUAGGAUUAAUAAAAUUUAUAACUAGUUUAUUUUAUAUAAUGCAUAUAUUUAGUUGUAUUUGGUUUUGGUUCAGUAGUAUUGAUAAAUCUAAUUCAUGGAUUGUAACAAAAGAAUUAGAUGGUUAACCUUGGUAAUUAUAAUACCUUGAAUCGAUUUAUUUUGCAAUAGUAACAAUGCUUACAAUAGGUUAUGGAGAUAAUGUUCCAAAAAAUUCAAUUGAGAAGAUAGUUACAAUAAUAUUUAUAUUGGGUGCUUGUAAAAUUUAAAUUAAAAUUGUAGGUUUAUGGUUUUCUUACAGUGUGAAUUUUAUAGGUACAAUAAUGAAUGACAUUACAUAGAAUUAAGUUGAAAGAAGUUAAAAGAUGAGAGUGAUAAACAAAUAUAUGACUUAAAGGAAGAUUCCAUUUAAUUUAUAACAUUAGUAAAUAUAUUUAUUAAGAUUUAAAUUAGAGUCAAGGAAUAUCUAACGUAUAGAUGGAAAGAAGAUGAUGAAGUUGAUUUAUAAGUUGAAUAACUUUUAUUGGAAUAAUUAUCUGAUGAACUAAAAGAAGAAUUAGAAAAAUAAGCUUAUAAAGUUUUUAUCCAAAAAUCAGAGUUAUUAUAAAAUGAAUUUUCAUUUGAAUUUAGAAAUGCACUAUUUAAAUCUAUUAAACGUAAGAUUAUUGAGCCAUAGCAUACUUUUUCUAGUGAAAUUAAUGGAUAAUAACAUCUUUGUUUUGUAGAAUAAGGAGUUUUACUCUAUUAACACAAAGAUAGAAAAUAAAGAUCAAAAAUGAAUGCUUCUGUUUGUUAAGGAUAAUUUUUUUGUGUUAAAGAAUUCCUUACAUAAACAUCAGAAUAUGAAAUAUUCAAAGCUCAAAGUUAUGUUAGUUUACUUAUUUUAUCAAAAUAGGAUUUUUUAGAAACUUUGUAAGAUUUUCCAGAUGAUUUUCAAAAAUACUGCUAAUUAAGGGAUUUAUAUUAAUUGGAAAAUGAAAGUUGCUAAAUUUAAUUUGGUAGUUUUUGUCCUGCUUGUUAUAAAUUUGAUCAUUCUUUAAGAAAUUGUUCUUAAAUAUAAUUAAUUUUAAAUAAAGAAGUCAUUAUAAAAAAACAUUAAAUAAGUUAAGAUUAAUCAAGAGCAUUUUACUUAAGAAAAACUUCUGAUAAACCUAUUUAAACUAGAGCUGAAUUAACAUAUGUUUAGGAAUGUGCUUUAUAUUUUUUAACAGAAAAUCAAAAUUAAAUAAAUGAAUAACUGAAAAUCUAAUUAGUUUAUGAUUAAGAAACAGAACUAUAUCAAGCCAAUUCAGAAACACAUCAUCUUUAUGAUCCUAUGCCUUCUGUUAAUAUUUUCUAGGCUAAUGAGAUCCAUAAACCUUAAUAAAAUAAAACAUUUCAAAAGAGUGAAUAUGAAGAAGAAAAAUCAAAAGAAAAAAAUGAACAUUCCAAAACUAAUUUAUUAUUAACUCAAAGUUAAAGAAUUAGUAGAAUGGGAUCAUUAAAUUCAAAAUAGCUUUAAAGAAAAUUGACUAAAUCUCCUUCUAUAUUAUUUUCUAUGAAUGAAAUUGCAGAAGAGCCAAGUGAAACAACAUUUAUAGUAUAUGAAAGUGAACGUGUCAAAAAUACAAAUAAUUUUAAUUUUUCUAUGGGAGAAAACAUUAAAUCUAUAUAUAAUAAACUUACGAGAUUUUAAGAUGAUAAAUCUCCAUCAAUCAAAUAAGCUAUAAAUUAACUUUAAUACAUUUAUUGGAAAUAUAAUGCAAUUACACUUGAAGAUUUUGAAUCCUUAUUUAAUUAUGAAUAUUAUUUCUCUUAAUAAAAUUCCAUUUUUACAAUUGAUAUGGCCAAUAAAAAUUAACAUACUUGGUAAUUAGAAAUCUUAAGCAAAUUUUCUAAAUACCUUUAGUAUCCUUAUUAAUUUAUUAGUAAAUUUCUUAAACUUAGAAGAAUUUAAUAAUAAUGUGCUGCUAUAAAUGCAGUCACUAAAUUUAAAAAAGCACAAAAAAAAAUUUGGCUUAUUUAAUUAAGAAAUAAUCUAUCUUCAAAAAAAUUAAUAUCAUCUACUAAAAAUAUUAAAUUAUGUAAAUCCAAGAUGAACUCUAUUGUUCCAUAUUCUGGAGACAGUAUGUAAUCUAUUUAAAUUAGCUAAAGUUGA